GCGGCGAGGGAAGACCGGGCCGUCGCCGCGUUGAGGGCUGGUGUUUGAGCGAGGGGAAUAGCUGCCGCUUGUUAGAGAGAGACCCCCCCCCCCUCCCCCAUCCCGCUCCCGAACCGCCAACCGGUCGUCAACAGGGGGGGGAGGAGGAGAAGGAGAAGCGGGAGAAGGCGGCGGAAAGCGGACCGGUUAACAGCAACGGGCGGACCGGUUAGCAGCAACGGGCGGACCGGUUAGCAGCAACGGGCGGAUCGGUUAGAAGCGACGGGCGGACCGGUUAGAAGCAACGGGCGGACCGGUUAGAAGCAACCGCUCCUCUUUCCCCCCACCCACCCACCUACCCACCCAUGUGACCCAGGCCCUUGUCAGUGAAGCCACUCGUCUCCAAACCAGAUAUAUAUAUAUUUAUCUUUAAAUAUAUAUAUAUAUUAGCCCUCUGGCAGACUGGCAGGAUGGUGUCGUGGCUCAUCUCCAGGCUGGUGGUGCUAGCCUUCGGCACUCUGUACCCUGCCUACACAUCCUACAAAGCAGUCAAGACGAAAAAUGUGAAGGAGUAUGUCCGGUGGAUGAUGUACUGGAUUGUGUUCGCUAUCUUUACAACAGUGGAAACCUUCACUGACAUAUUUAUUUCUUGGUUUCCAUUCUACUAUGAGAUCAAGAUCGCAUUCGUAGUCUGGCUGCUGUCACCGUACACCAAGGGAGCCAGUAUGCUUUAUAGGAAGUUCAUUCACCCCACUCUUUCUUCCAAGGAAAAGGAAAUCGAUGGCUACCUCGUUCAAGCCAAGGAGCGUAGUUACGAGACCAUGGUGAGCUUUGGCAAAAGAGGCUUGAAUCUGGCAGCGACUGCGGCAGUCAGUGCUGCCGCAAAGAGCCAGGGAGCGAUCGCAGGCCGACUGCGCAGUUUCAGCAUGCAGGACCUGAGCAACAUUCAGGGUGAUGAGCCAGCACAUUACAGAGACCCGCUUUACCCUGAGGAAGAGCUAUCCAGGAGGCCGAUCGCAGUCACUCGCAACGAUUACUCCCAAGGAUUGCCCGCAGCCUCCGUGAGCCACCCCUACGAAGACGAGACGGAUUCGCAGGAGGAGUGCAAGUCUGACGGCGAGGCGGAGGGGGCGAGAGGCACAGCGAGGCGGCACAACUCGCCCGGCUCCAGGCCGCUACGCCGCGCUCAGAGCCACCAUGAUUCCAGGAAGAAGAUUCACAGCAAAGAGGUGAUCAAGCCGACAAAGGUCAGGGUGAAGAGGAAGGCAGGCCGCUCAAAUUGUGACACCUUGUGAGGCUCACACUGCACACGCACACCCUACCCUCUGAGGGGGACAGAGGCAUCAACCCCGCGUGAGAAGAGGGGCAAACAACAGCGCCACGCUAAUCACGAGGGUAAAAUCUCCACUGCUUCUGACGGCUAUGUGUUUGAUUCAUUGAUUGACUUGAUUGAUUAUUGAUUGCUGGCGAUUGUUUUGUUCCGGGGGCCGUGAGAGGGAGGGAGGGAGCGCGGACUGGUGGGGUGGGGAGAGAGAGUUAUAUUCUCUCGUGCAGCUAUUUUGUUCGGAGGGGAAGGGAGUGGGGGUAAUUCCUAUCGUUGUUGUACAUUGACUCGGCCACCUAGGGCAAUCGCUGGAGAGAUUGAAACCCUUUUGCUGAGAGGAAAGGAACUCAGAGUGUGGGGGGUAGGGUGGGGGUGCAUGGUGUCAAUGGGUAUGUUGUUCAGAUUUUUUAAAGAGAUUUUCUUCCAUCAAA